AGGCACUAGAUUUCGGCUCACAGCACGAAGCAUUAGGUUCCUUCAAACCAGAAAACAUGGCCGCCAGCAAGGAGGAAGAUGUGCAAAUGAUGUUGGUUUGCAAGACUCACUUGGGAACAAGAAACGUGGACUAUCGCAUGAAGCGCUACAUCUUCCGCCGCACAGUGGAGGGAAUCCACAUCAUUCACCUGGGGAAGGCCUGGGAGAAAUUGAUGGUGGCGGCAAGGAUGAUUGUGGCAAUUGAGAACCCUGGGGACAUCAUUGUGGCUUCCCAGCGACCCUAUGGCUCUCGUGCUGUGUUGAAGUUCUCCCAGUACACCGGCGCCAAUCCCCUGGCCGGACGCUGGACGCCGGGAACGCUGACGAACCAGAUCACGCAGAAGUACUUGGAGCCUCGUCUUCUGAUCGUCACAGAUCCACGGACCGAUAGCCAAGCCAUCAAGGAGGCCUCCUAUGCGAGCAUCCCUGUGAUUGCUCUUUGUGAUACAGACUCUCCGUUGGAGAAUGUGGACGUGGCAAUUCCGGCAAACAACAAGGGCAAGGAAUCCAUUGCUUUGCUGUACUGGAUGCUGGCGCGUGAGGUGUUGUACCUCCGAGGCACUUUGCCUCGCAAUCAACCUUGGGAUGUGAUGGUGGAUUCAUUCUUCUGGCGCGACCCUGAAGAGAUCAUGCAGCAGGAGGAGGUGCAGCAGGACUGGGGCCAGCAAGCAGCAGCACCGGCAGCUUGGGAAGGAGCUGGUGGAGGCGGCAACUGGGAUGACAUUACGCAGGCCGCACAGGGCGACGGCUCCUGGGAUGCCCCUGCUGCGGGUGGCGAUGAUUGGAGUGCGCCGGCCGGUGGCACUGGCUGGUAAGGAGAUGCUGUGAAGGAAAUCGUGCAAGCAAUGGCGACGGAUGGUUUGUCUGUGAC